AUGCCAGCACGUACCGGAGCCGAGUAUAUCAAGGGGUUGCAGGAGCACCCCCGCGAGGUUUGGAUUGACGGGGAGCGGGUAAAGGACGUGACCACCCACCCAGCACUGAAGAACGGUGUCAAGUCGGUGGCCGCCCUGUACGACAUGCAGCACGAUCCGGUGCUGCGGGAAGAGAUGACCUUCGCCUCACCGUCCACGGGCGACCCGGUGGGGCUGUCUUACCUGGUUCCCCGGACAAUGGAAGACCUGGAACGCCGCCGCCGCAUGAUGACCCGGUGGGCUUGGGCUUCCUGCGGCAUGAUGGGGCGAUCACCGGACUUUCUUAACACCAUAUUCUCUUCGUGGGCCGGGGCCUCCGGUUAUUUCGCCCAGGACCGCCCCGAAUUCGAGAAAAACGUCCUGAACUACCACGAGUUUCUUCGGGAAAACGACGUGGCGCUGACCCACGCCCUGGUCAACCUGCAACGGCGCCGCACUUCCAACCCCACCGACACCCUGAGCGAAGAGGUGGCCCUCACCCUGGUCAAGGAGACCGACGCGGGGAUUGUGGUCAAGGGCAGCCGCGUGCUGGCGACCCUGGGUCCCAUCUCGGAUGAGAUUGCCAUCUAUCCGGUGGCGUCCCAUCGGCUGGCAGGUGACGACGGCCGCCAGUCCUUCUCAUUCUCCAUCCCGUGCGAUACACCCGGCGUCAAGUUCCUGUGCCGGGAAAGCUUCGACUUGGGCCGCUCGCACUUCAACCAUCCUUUGGGCUCACGCUUUGAGGAAAUGGACUCGGUGGUGUUUUUCGACAAUGUAUUUGUGCCGUGGGAGCGGGUGUUCCUGCUGGGGAACGUGGAGCUUUGCAACGGCUACGCCCAGGGGACCAAUUCCGACGCCCACACCGGCCACCAGGUGCUGACCCGCUGCCUGGUAAAGGCCGAGUUCAUGCUGGGACUGGCUGACUUGAUUGUCGAUACCCUGGGGUCGGGAACUAUUCCCCACGUCCAGGAGCAGGUGGCGGAGCUUAUCACCCAGCGGGACACGCUUUGGGCCUGCCUCAGGGCCGCCGAGGCGGAUGCGACGCCCAACCGGUGGGGGGUUAUGAGUCCGGCGCUGCCGGCAUUACGGGCGGGCCGGACAAUCUUUGGCCGGUCGAUCUACCCGCGAAUGGUGGAGAUCAUCCAGCUUCUGGGCACCAGCAGCCUGAUGGCCCUGCCCGCCGAGGCCGACUUCGAUACGGAUAUCGCAGCCGAGGUUGACCAGUACAUGGCCACCGAUACGGCCAACGCAUGGGACCGGGCCAAGCUGUUUCACCUGGCGUGGGACGCCUCGUGCAGCGCGUUCAGCGGCCGACAGGUGUUGUACGAGCGCAUGUUCGGCGGCAAUCCGGUACGCAACUCGCUGGCGCUCUACACCAACUACGACAAGGAACCGUUCAAGCAAAAGGUGCGCGCCUUUCUGGACCUGGAAGACUCCAAGCUUUAG